GUCAAAUCUAUUUGUCAUUAUUUAGUCAAUUGUGUUUAUUAUAUAUUUGUUGUGAUUGUUUUAAAAUUAUUUAAACUCUGCAUCAUCUUAAAGAAAUCCUGCACCACAUUUAGUGAAAAUGGAAACAUGGAAGUUUUGCAUUAUUACCGUUGUAGCCAUUUAUUAUAUUGGACAAGUAAACUUCGUCAACGGUUUGGAGUGUUAUGUCUGUUCCAAUCAGACAGGUAACACAGAGAAAUGUCUAAAUACGAUAAAAACAUGUGAACCAGGUGAGGAUGCUUGCGGUACUGAAAUCCGUUGGGGUAGCCAACCGUACUUCUCUCAGGGUGCACUAAAGCAAUACUAUGUUUCCAAACGGUGUAUGACAAAGCAACAAUGCCAACAGCGACGUAAACGAUAUAUGCAAUACUGCACACAUAUUUGGUAUGAGGACUGGUGGUGCUAUGAGUGUUGUGUUGGUGAUCGUUGUAAUUAUUUUGUGAUUAGUGGGUCAACAAAACAAAAAAUAACUGCCAGCAUUUUAUUCGGCGGCUUAUUGUUAACUGCUCUCCACAGCCCGUAUUCACUGUUCCAAUAAAGAAUCUGUUGAAGAUAGACUAAGAACACCCAAGUGCCUCAAAGUUUUACUUCUGCAAAGUAAAAAUUCGUAAUAAACGCAAAUUAAAUAAGCAUACAACACCAUUAGAAAGAAAGUACAUGAAUACUUUUAUUUAACUUAAAUCCAUACAAAAAAUCUCAUCAUUAUUGUGUUCGAAUAUUAUCCGUCCAAGUUUUACACUAAGCAUAAUGUUAUAAUUGGUUAUUAUAUUACGAUAUUGCUUUGGAAAGGCAACACCACAUUAACUCUUUUUAUAAUUUUUACUUUUUUAACAUUUUAAUGUAUUCAUAUUUAGUCUGUUAGCUGCAGUUUUAAAGCCACAAGCAGUACAUAUUUCAUAAUUUUUUAAAAAUAUUUACACAUAAGUAUAAGGCAAGAUAAAAUUAUGCUUAAAUUUGAGCGUGCACAAUUUUUUACACAUCAAUAAACUCUUGUAAAGUAAUACAUUUGUAUUCAAAAUUAGAAAGAAAAUAAUCAUAAGCUUGUUGUUUUUUACUUCUAUUUGUUAAGUCUAACUUUAAACCGUUGAGUUAUGUAGUAUGCUUUUCCACAAAUUGUAUGAUCUUUCGCAAUCUUCUACCACAGACAACUACCGUUACAAAGUUUUUAUGGCUCCACUAAGCUUUGUAUCUUAUUUGCAUAUCACUCAAUCUGAUUUGUCGUUAGCUAUUAUAACUGGGGCUCGGUUGUCACGUACUGUUGGUUUAUUUUCUCUCACUAGAAUUUUUAUUGCUUUGCUUUCUCUUAGCAAAUAUUUUUCAAAUGACUAGAACAUUACUAAUUCGUACAUUGUAACAACCCUUGGCGGUUUCUACAACAAUUGGCAAGUGUUUGUGAAAAAAUAAGUUUACUGAUGUAUUUAUGUGACGUUUGCAUGUAAAGAAGAAGCAACGCGAUAAUCAGACUGACCGCCAAAUUGUUUACUUUUAAAAUGAGAAAUAAAAAACACAGUAAAUGAAAUUAAAACAAUAUAACAAUGCAAAGAGUAGCACUACAAUCAAUUUUAUAGCUGACUUUCUAAGUAGUUUGUUAGCGUAACGCACAGCAAGCGGUUCUGCUUAUGGAUAAACUGGAGGCGCAGCCAUCAAGUAGCCGGAAGCGACAGGCGAACCUGGUCGGCAUGAAUGUGGACUACCAACUACAUGAAAAUAGUGAAUCGGGCAGCGUUAAGAAACGCAAACCUUUGGCCGUUAGAUGUGUGCACGUGUUGGCGAAUGGGUUCGUAAACGCUGUUUAUGGAUUUCUCAAUUCGCGAUUGCUCAUAUAACAACCGGCAAGUAGCAGCAACCACAGGUGACUAGGUAUCCGCUAAACAACAACAACAACAUCGAUGAAAACAACAAAAAUACAUAGUGCUGCUAUGCGUCGAUGUAUUUACCUGUAUUAUUUGUUUAUGCAAAUAAAUACAUGUGUAGGGAUCAAAUGUAGGUACUUCAUAAAAUUAUGUAGAAAUGUUUAAUAUAAACUAUACUCAUUUUACCACAACGA